CAAAUUUGUGGAUAAAACCAAACAGACCAAGCCAAUGCCAAUGCCAAUGCCCAUGCAUCAGCAGCGCGCCCCACCAACACUAUGUAGUGGGUACCAGAAAGAGAAAUAGGAAUGCCAUUCACAUAAUGAUGAGCUUGGCCAACCCAUCCAUCUUCCAGUUAUCCAUUAGUAUACCUUAAUUCUUAUCGACAUCCACUCAUGGUGGCAUCUUGAUUGGUUGCGGGGAGAGAGAGAGAUGGGGAGGGAAACUCACAUUCUGGUGUUGCCUUUACCGGUCCAAGGUCACAUAAAUCCUAUGCUGCAAUUCUCCAAACACCUGGCGAGCAAAGGCGUCAAGGUCAGCUUCAUAACCACCACCUCCGUUCGCAAAACCAUCCACCUCCAACCCUCUUCCUCCGUCGCCAUCGAGAGCAUUUCCGACGGCUCCGACGACGGAAAACAAGCCGAAGGCCUCGAGGCUUACUUCCGGCGCUUCCAAGACGUGGUGUCGCAGACCUUGGCCGAAUUCAUCGUACAAAAACAGAAGGCCGAUGAUCCUCCUCCCCCGAAGCUCCUGGUGUACGACUCGGUAUUGCCGUGGGCUCUGGAGGUGGCGAAGGGGCUAGGGCUGGGCGGAGCUUCGUUCUUCACGCAGUCCUGCGCCGUGAACGCGAUCUAUUACCAUUUGAAUCGAGGCCAUUUUGAGGUCCCUCUGGGAGGCUCGACGAUGCUGUCGCUGCCGGAAAUGCCGUUGCUGGGGAUCGACGAUCUGCCGUCGUCCAUCUGUGACGUUGGAGCAUACCCAGCUUUGCUGAGGCUGAUGGCCGAUAAGUUCUCAAAUUUUCGUGACGCAGAUUGGCUGCUGUUUAACACCUUUGACAAAUUGGAGGAACAGCAGAUGGUGAAGUGGAUGAUGGCAAGCCAAUGGCCGAUCAAGACGAUAGGACCCUCUAUUCCAUCCAUGGGCUAUGACGACCAAGACUACGGCCUCAGCCUCUUCAGCCCCAGCGCCGAAGCCGCCUGCAUCAACUGGCUCGACUCCAAGCCCACAGCCUCUGUCGUCUACGCAUCCUUCGGCAGCCUGGCCUGCUUAAGUGAAGCCCAGAUGGAGGAACUGGCAUGGGGCCUCCACAAUGCCACCGCGGCCGCCCACUUCCGCUUCCACUUCUUGUGGGUGGUCAGGGCUUCCGAAGAGGCCAAGCUCCCGGCAAACUUCGUCGACGAGACGUCGGAGAUAGGGCUGAUCGUGAACUGGAGCCCUCAGCUUCGGGUGUUGGCUCACCCGGCUGUCGGCUGCUUCAUGACUCACUGUGGCUGGAACUCCACGCUCGAGGCGCUGGCGCUGGGGGUCCCGAUGGUGGCGAUGCCGCAGUGGAGCGACCAAGCGACGAAUGCCAAGUAUAUUGCAGAUGUGUGGCGAGUAGGGUUGAGACUGGGUGCUGAUGACAAGGGAGUUAUUACCAGGCAGGAGAUUGGGGUGAGGAUAAAAGAGGUGAUGGAGGGAGAACGGGGAAUUGAGCUGAGGAAGAACGCAAUGAGGUGGAGGGAAUUGGCUAGAGAGGCCGUACAGGAAGAGGGAAGCUCUGAUAGCAACAUUGAGGAAUUUGUUUCAGGACUCUAGUGUGCCCUUAGCCAUUGCCCGCUGGGACAUCAAAAUGAAACCAAAUUUACUUGUACAACCCCAGCAUAUUAACAAGUACGUACGUAGAAGGCCUGGGAUUAUAUCUACUAUACUCUGGUAGAAAGACCUACAAAUUCUCCAAUAAACAGGUGAUACACAAGUGAGAUUGGAUUUAUCUUA